AUGAAGGUUGCUAUUCUGCACCCUGAUCUGGGUAUUGGUGGAGCUGAGAGAUUGAUUGUGGAUGUUGCUGUGGGUUUAGAGUCUAAAGGACACGAUGUUACAUUGGUUACCAACCAUUAUGAUAGAUCACACUGUUUUGAAGAAACGAAAAGCUUAAAUAUUAUUCGGUUCGCUAUGUUCCCUCGGACUAUUUUCGGGCUCAUGUGGGCAUUGUGUGCGUAUGUUAGAAUGUGUUUCGCUGCUUUAUACACUUGUUUGUUUGUUGAGCAUGACGUUGUUAUUGUUGAUCAAGUAUCAGCAUGUCUUUUGGUGUUCCGUUUGUUCUCAAAAGCUCCUUUGAUUUUCUAUUGUCACUACCCAGACUUACUGCUAACUAAACGGGAGUCAAGAUUGAAGUCGUUCUAUAGAUAUUAUCUGGAUUCAUUAGAAGAGUAUUCUACUGGUAAAGCUGACAUCAUAUGUGUGAAUAGUAAGUUCACUGCCGGAGUAUUCAGAGAGACAUUCAAGUCUUUAAAGGACAAGCCUGUACAAGUUCUAUAUCCCAGCUUGAAUAACAAAUUCUUCGAUGAAAUACCCGUUGAGAAGGUAGAUUGCAUACCUAAUAGAGCAAAAUUCGUGUUCACUUCUCUGAAUAGAUAUGAGAUCAAGAAGAACGUAGGACUUGCUAUUGAAGCUUUUGCUCUUUUCAUUUCAAAAGUCAACCCUGAUGAUUCCCACUUGAUCAUAGCUGGUGGAUUUGACAAGCUUAAUUCAGAAAACAGUGAAUGCUAUAAAGACUUGGUGGAUUUGAGUGAGAGAUUGGAAAUUCCAUCGAAAUGCAUAACUUUCCUCAAAUCUCCUGAUGAUAAUGUUAAGGUCAAUGUCAUUCGGAAUAGUACUGCUGUUCUUUAUACACCUUCAAACGAGCAUUUCGGAAUCGUACCUGUAGAAGCAAUGUAUUUAGGAGUCCCUGUGAUUGCAGUCAAAAGUGGAGGACCAUUAGAGACUGUGAAUCAUGGUGUUUCCGGAUAUCUUGCUGAGAACAAUCCAGAAGAUUUUCUCCGUUUUAUGGAACUUUUAGCUGAGAACUCGAAUACUGAAUUCAAAAAGAAGGGUCCGGAAUGGGUUCGGAAAAACUUUUCUUUCCAAAGCUUCACUGAAAAACUGGAUCACAUUGUCUGCUCUCGUCUUAGCUCGCAAUAA